AUGCCGGGCAGCGGUGAUGAAGUGGCCGGGUCCGGUCCUCCAACGACCCGUGACACCAAGACCUCGAAUGUCAACAACGAAACAGACGGGCAGCUGUCAGACGACACUUCCAACGAUGGCUACUGGGGUGAUACAUACGCCGAUGGGCCCGUCAGCCAGCGUGCUGCCCGGGCCGACUUCCUCGAGCUGCAGCACGAGCUGAGUCGACGAAGCACCAAUGCCUCGGCCGCCCACAAGAAGUCCGGGGGCCGUCUCAUGGGCAGGAUGUUUUCCGCCACGAGCGGCCGCGGCCACAAGGAGAAGCAGUCCUCCCCGGAGGCUGACGAGGCGGACAGCGAGCGCACCGCGCACGCGGAUGGCUUCGAGCUCGAGCAGUUCAUCCGCGACGGCCACCUGGAGAAGCGCAAUCCCGAAAACGGCGAAUCGACCAAGAAGGUGGGCGUCUUGUUCAAGAACUUGACGGUCAAGGGCGUGGGCGCGACCUCGACUAGUGUCCGGACGCUUCCCCAGGCCAUUGCCGGCACUUUCGGCCCGGACCUGUACAACCUUGUGUGCCGCUGGAUCCCUGCGCUCGACUUCCGCAGUCCCGGACAGCCUCGAGACCUGAUUCGCGACUUCACCGGCGUCGUGCGGCCCGGCGAGAUGAUGCUCGUGCUGGGACGGCCCGGCGCCGGCUGCAGCACGUUCCUCAAAGUCAUCGCCAACAAACGCGGCUCGUACCAGGCCGUCGAGGGCGAGGUCGUGUACGGCGGCAUCCCGUCGUCUAAAAUGGACAGGCGGUUCCGCGGCGAGGCCGUCUACAACGCAGAGGACGACCAGCACAUGCCCAGCCUCACGGUCGGGCAGACGCUCAAGUUUUCGCUCCUCAACAAGACCAAGAAGCACGAGCGCGGCAACAUCGACCUGAUUGUCGACUCGUUCCUCAAGAUGUUUGCCAUGUCGCACACCAAGGACACGCUGGUGGGAGACGCCUUCACGCGCGGCGUCUCGGGCGGCGAGCGGAAGCGCGUCAGCAUCGCCGAGACGCUGGCCACCAAGAGCACCGUCACUUGCUGGGACAACUCGACGCGCGGCCUGGACGCCUCGACGGCCUUCAACUACGCCAAGUCGCUGCGUAUCAUGACGGACGUCUCUGACCGGACCACGCUGACGACGCUGUACCAGGCUGGCGAGGGCAUCUACGAGCUCAUGGACAAGGUCCUUGUCAUCGACGAGGGCCGCAUGCUCUACCAGGGUCCCGCCAGGGAGGCCAAGCAGUACUUUGUCGAUCUUGGAUUCUACUGCCCUCCGCGGCAGACCACGGCCGACUUCCUCACGUCCGUGUGCGACGUCAACGCGCGCCAGUUCCGUCCGGGGUUCGAGCAUCGCUGCCCCAAGACGGCCGAGGAGUUGGAGAAGGCGUUCCGGCAGAGUCGCGCCUACAGGGCCGUCCUCGACGACGUCGGCAGUUUCGAGAAGCACAUGCACGACACUGGCCACUCUGACGCGCAGACGUUUGUCGACUCGGUGCGGAAUGCCAAGUCCAAGACGGUCCUGAAGCAGUCCGUCUACACCGUCAGUCUCUGGAGACAGGUGCUGGCGUGCACCCGCCGCGAGUUCUGGCUCAUCUGGGGCGACAGGACGUCUCUGUACACCAAGUUCUUCGUCAUCAUCAGCAACGGCCUCAUUGUCGGCUCCCUCUUCUACAACACCCCCUCCAACACCAGCGGCGCCUUCUUGCGCGGCGGCGUUGCCUUCUUCUCCAUCGUGUUCCUGGGCUGGCUGCAGCUGUCGGAGCUGAUGAAGGCCGUGUCUGGACGGGCCAUCAUCAGCCGUCACAGCGAAUAUGCCUUCUACCGACCCAGCGCCGUCAGUCUCGCCCGUGUGCUGGCCGACCUGCCCAUGCUUGUGGUCCAGGUCGUCAUCUUUGGGCUCAUCAUGUACUUCAUGACGGGGCUGGAUGUCGCGGCCGGCAAGUUCUUCAUCUACAUGCUCUUUGUCUACGUCACCACCAUUUGCCUGACGGCUCUGUACCGAAUGUUUGCUGCCGUGUCGCCGACCAUCGACGACGCCGUGCGCUUCUCGGGCAUUGCAUUCAACCUCUUGAUCAUCUUCACCGGCUACACGCUUGCCAAGCCCGUGCUUCUCAACCAAAAGAUUUGGUUUGGCUGGCUGUACUACGUGAACCCCAUCAGCUACUCCUUCGAGGCCGUCCUCACCAACGAGUUUAGCGGAAGGACGCUGGAAUGCUCGCCGUCGCAGCUCGUGCCCCAAGGCCCUGGCAUUCUGCCCGAGAACCAGGGCUGCGCCAUUGCCGGAUCGCAUCCGGGCAACCCCCAAGUCGCGGGAUCCGACUACCUGUCCUCCCAGUUCGAAUACAGCCGGUCGCACCUGUGGCGAAACUUUGGCGUCGUGGUCGCCUUUACCGUGGGAUACAUCGCUCUGACCGUCCUGGCCACGGAGAAGAUCUCCUUUGGCGGCUCGGGUCACGGAGCCCUCGUGUUCAAGUCCUCCAAGAAGCCCAGGCAGGUUGCAAAGACGCAGAACAAGACCGACGAGGAGCACACCCGGCCAGAUGACGUGACUGCUGCGGCGGUGGCACGCCAGAGAACCCCCGACGAGGUCUUGGAAGCGUUCAACCGCAGCGAACAGGUGUUCACCUGGGAAAACAUCAGCUACACUGUCUCCACGGCGCAGGGCCCCAAGAAGCUGCUCAACGACAUCAACGGCUACGCCAAGCCUGGCGUCCUCGUCGCUCUCAUGGGUGCCAGUGGCGCCGGCAAGACGACGCUGCUCAACACCCUGUCCCAGCGCCAGACCGUUGGCGUCGUCGAGGGGAACAUGCUUGUUGACGGCUCUGCCCUUGGGUCCGACUUCCAACGACGAACCGGGUUUGUCGAGCAGAUGGAUCUGCACGAGGGGUCGGCGACGGUGCGUGAGGCCCUCGAGUUCUCUGCCCUCCUCCGACAGAGUCGCCAUGUCCCCCGCCAAGAGAAGCUGGAAUACGUCGACAAGGUGAUUGACCUCUUGGAACUGCACGAGAUCCAAGACGCCAUCGUUGCGUCUCUGGGCGUCGAGCCCAAGAAGAGGCUGACCAUUGGCGUCGAGUUGGCGGCCAAGCCUUCUCUUCUGCUGUUCCUGGACGAGCCCACGAGCGGUCUCGACUCGCAGGCGGCCUAUUCCAUCGUCCGCUUCCUCCGGAAACUCUGCGCGUCGGGGCAAGCCAUCGUGUGCACCAUCCACCAGCCGUCUUCCGAGCUCAUCGAGCAGUUUGACAAGAUCCUCGCGCUCAACCCCGGCGGCAACAUCUUCUACUUUGGCCCCGUGGGCCGGAAUGGCCAAGCAGUCGUCGACUACUUUGACGCUCGGGGUGCGCACUGUCCCGAGGGCAAGAAUAUCGCAGAGUUCCUCAUCGAGACUGGCGCUCGCCCCGAUGCCCGCGAGCACUGGAACGAGCAGUGGCGCAAUUCCAACGAGAACAAGGCCCUCAUCGAGGAGAUUCAACAAAUCAAGCAGCAGCGGAGUCAAGCGGCCUCGUCUCACGAGGUUCUCUCACACGAAUUUGCUGCCCCCGUGUGGGAGCAGAUCAAGCUCCUGACGAAGCGCAUGUUUAUCAAUCAGUGGCGUCAGCCGUCGUACAUUUACGGCAAGUUCUUCACCGCCGUGAUUGUCGGCAUCUUCAACGGCUUCACCUUUUGGAAGCUUGGAGACACCGUCAACGACAUGCAAAGCCGAAUGUUUACGUCAUUUCUCAUCAUACUCAUCCCGCCGACGGUGCUCAAUGCCAUCCUGCCCAAAUUCUACAUGGAUCGCGCGCUCUGGGAAGCACGCGAGUACCCUAGCCGCAUUUACGGAUGGGUCGCGUUCUGCUCCUCCUCCAUCCUGUCCGAGAUCCCCGGCUCUCUCCUGGCGGGCGUCAUCUACUGGGCGCUGUGGUACUGGCCCACGGGCCUGCCCACGGAUUCCCUGACGUCCGGCUACGUCUUCCUCAUGACUGUUCUCUUCUUCCUGUUCCAGUCCAGCUGGGGCCAGUGGAUCUGCGCGUGGGCGCCGAGCUUCACCGUCAUCAGCAACGUCUUGCCCUUCUUCCUCGUCAUGUUCUCCCUGUUCAACGGCGUGGUUGUCCCGUAUGCGCAGCUCAACGUCUUCUGGAGAUACUGGCUUUACUACUUGAAUCCCAGCACGUACUGGAUCAGUGGUGUUCUUGCUACCACCCUGGCCAACCAGCCUGUCAAGUGCGCCAGCAACGAAGCUGCCUACUUCAACCCCCCGUCCGGCCAGACCUGUAUGGAUUUUGCGGCUGAUUUCGUCGCGAGGGCCGGCAGGGGCUACCUCGUUAACCCGAAUGACACGGACAACUGCAGCUACUGUCCGUAUGCCAGCGGAGCCGAGUACUUGGGCUCGCUGAACAUUGAACCUAGUCAGAAAUGGAGAGAUCUUGGCAUCUUUAUUGCUUUUUGCGUUUCAAACUGGAUGUGA